GGAGGAGAAGGGAUGGAGAAGCAGGGUUGAAGAGCAAAAUGUUCAAAGGAUUCACGUGGGAGGAGAAGGUGGGAUUGUGCAGGAGAAGGGGGAAGUGGAGUGUGAGGAAGAGUAGGGACACGGAGGAGGAAGAGCAGGAAGAGGAAGCAGCACAAGGUUCCACUCUCCCUGUAUGUGCUGUCCCAGGAGUGUUGCCCUGAUCACAGUCAGCAGGGGCUGAAUCUUUCUGUUCUGUAGGAGGGUUUGGCUGAAUCUUGAUGUUUGAUUAGUUUUUGAUCUGUCUCUUGAUGUUCAGAGGAUGUUUGGGCUGAAUCUUGGUGUUUUGGUUUGUUAAAGACACAAGCUUCCCAAAGACUUCCUGAGAUGAACUUUGGAAGAAGGAGGCCCCAGUCCAAGGCGCUCUCCUCUUGUUUUUUCCCCCAAGCCAGGAUUUUAUUUUCCCAAGCUGUGGCCAGAUGGAGGAGAAAAAACUUUGGAGAUGCCACACCAGGAGGAGCUGCAGACCGAGCCCAGGGAGCUGCGAGGAGGAAAGAUCCCCCCAGUGCCAGGAACACGGCCAGAGAUCCAGCCGGAGCUCAGAGCUGUGGGAGAAGCCCCACAAGUGCUUGGAAUGUGGGAAGGGCUUCAGCUACAGGUCCAACCUGCACCGGCACCAGGUGAUCCACACUGGGGAAAAGCCCUACGAGUGUGGGGAAUGUGGGAAGAGCUUCAGCCAGAGCUCCAGCCUGCGGAAACACCAGAGGAUCCACACUGGGGAAAAACGCUAUGAGUGUGGGAAAUGUGGGCAGAGCUUCAGAAAUAUCUCUGACCUGAUGAGACACCAGGUGAUCCACACAGGGGAACGGCCCUACACCUGCUUGGAAUGUGGGAAGAGCUUUGGGAGGAACUCUGACCUGAGAAAACACCAGCGCAUCCACACUGGGGAGAGGCCCUACGAGUGUCCCCAGUGUGGGAAGAGGUUUCAGUGCAGCUCCACUCUCAUCAGACAUGAGUGGAUUCACACAGAGGAGAGGCCCUUCCGCUGCCCCGACUGCGGGAAGGGCUUCCAGCAGAAUUCCACCCUUAUCAGGCACCAGCGCAUCCACACUGGGGAGAGGCCCUACGAGUGUCCCCAGUGUGGGAAGAGCUUCUCACGGAGCUCUCACUUGACCCGACACCAACGGAGGCACCAGUAAGGGAAGCCCUGCGAGUGCCCCGAGUGCGGGAAGAGCUUCGUGCGCUGCUCCAGCUCCAUCCCCCAUGGGAGGAUGGGCGUUGGAUGAUCCCCAGUGACCCCCGUUGGGCAGAGCCCUGGUGAUCCGUGGUCCUGGUGAUGCGUGUUGGGAAGACACCUGGCUGGGAGGCUCCACAUCUUCCUGGCUCCCUGUGGGCACCUGGAUGAAAGCAGGGGAAUGGAAAUUCAACAGGAUACAGAAUGACAAUGGGAAUUGUUGACUUUCAAUCCUUGGAACCUUUUGCCUCAGGAGCUGUGUGGGCAGAGAAAAGGGGGUGACACUGGGCUUGGGGGCUCUGAGGGGAGCACACUCGCUCUGUGGGGGGGAGG